GCCUCUUCUCUCUUUUUGGUCCAUACAACCAAAGUAGCCUUCGACCCCUUUCGCUCCUCCAUGGCCUUCAUAUACUGGUAACAGACGCCAAAAAUCCAAUGGCGCUCUCCCUCUCCUCCAUCUCCGUCAUCGUCCCCCCCUCCAAACCCUCCUCCUGCUCUUUCCGUAGCCGCGGCCUUGACCUCUCCCGGCGCGCCCACCUCCGCUCCGCCGCCUUCUCCGUCGACCCCUCUCUUGCCCUCCGCCAGCGCAGGAAGGCCCGUCGGCGGGGGCGCGGCGAUGGCUUCACGAGCUUCGUCAGCGCGUCCGCAGACUACUAUUCCACUCUCGGAGUGCCCAAGUCGGCCAGCGCCAAGGAGAUCAAGGCCGCUUAUAGGAGAUUGGCUCGACAGUAUCACCCUGAUGUCAAUAAGCAACCUGGAGCAACAGAAAAAUUCAAGGAGAUAAGCACUGCAUAUGAGGUUCUGUCAGAUGAUAAGAAGAGGGCUUUGUAUGACCAAUAUGGUGAAGCUGGAGUUAAGAGUGGGGUAGGAGGUCCAGCUGGAGCAUACACGACCAAUCCUUUUGACCUCUUCGAGACUUUCUUUGGUGCAAGCAUGGGUGGUUUCUCUGGGAUGGAUCAAACUACAUUUAGAACACGUAGAUAUGGUGCCGCUGUGAAGGGUGAAGAUAUACGGUAUGACAUAACUUUGGAGUUUCCAGAGGCCAUCUUUGGAGGAGAAAGGGAAAUUAUCUUGUCACAUUUGGAGACAUGUGAUGCUUGUACUGGUACUGGAUCAAAAAUUGGCUCCAAGAUGCGAAUAUGCGCAACUUGUGGUGGAAGAGGUCAAGUAAUGCGAACUGAGCAAACACCCUUUGGCCUAUUCUCUCAGGUUUCUAUAUGUCCAACUUGUGGCGGAGAAGGUGAAACUAUUUCAGAGUAUUGCCGGAAGUGUGCUGGAGAAGGGCGAUUACGUGUUAGAAAGGAUAUUAAAGUAAAAAUUCCUCCUGGUGUUAGCAAAGGUAGUACUCUUCGUGUCCGUGGUGAAGGUGAUGCAGGACUCAAAGGGGGGCCACCUGGUGAUCUGUAUGUCUGCCUUGACAUAAAAGAGAUACCUGAGAUACAAAGAGAUGGCAUCAAUUUAUGCUCAACUGUUACAAUAAAUUACAUUGAAGCUAUCUUGGGGACUACUGUUAAGGUAAAGACAGUUGAUGGGAUUAAUGAACUUCAAAUACCUCCUGGCACUCAACCUGGUGAUGUGGUUGUUCUAGCAAAGAAAGGUGUGCCUAAGUUAAACAAGCCAUCUAUACGUGGUGACCAUUUAUUUACCAUCAAGGUUACUAUACCCAAUCGUAUCAGUGGAAAGGAGCGGGAGUUGCUCGAGGAACUUGCAUCUUUGAGUAGAGAUUCUGUCAGCCGUGCGAGUCCUCGUACUAGUACAAAAGCACAGGUUAAUAGAGCAGAAAGUCAAAAGAGUCUGGAAGCAGAGGAAUCAGAAAAACCUAGUCAGAAUGACUUUUGGCAGUCACUAAAGGAUUUCGCCGGGUCAGUGGCUAACGGGGCACUAAAAUGGCUAAAAGACAACCUUUAGGCCAAAAGACCAUUCUUUAACCAAGAUGAUACCAUCUGCGACCUCUUUUUAGCACCAUCCAGUUUCUCUCCUGUCUCUCGCUGACACCAUUCCUAGUUAUCACUUCCAUCCCUGCUUAGUAUCUCAGACACUGGAUGCUGAUCUCGAUCAUGAUAUCAAGUAAAUUAUGGAUAAACAGCUCUCUCGUAUGGAAUUCUUUUUCUGCUAUUUUCUUUUUUUUUAAUCUUGCUUCUGUAUACUUAGGCAACUGUAAUAUUGAGAAAAGCAGUUCAUUGCAAAUACUUUUUUCUAUCUGUGAUGGAUACCAUGUUAGGACAAUUUCAAAAGGUAAUGAGCGAUUCUUUUAUUCCCUCA